AUGGCAUCUCAUGCGGCGGAUGACCACGAUGAUACGGGGAACAGCCCGGAACAGUCAUCUUCCAUGGCCUCGAGCCCGAGACAGUUUGCUCCCAUCACUAGAACUGAGAGUGAACGCGCUGAAGAGCUUGUGAGGAGUCGGAACGGAUAUACUUAUGGCUCUAUAGGUGCAUCUGGUAGCUCUUACGGCGAGUCUUCCACAUAUGACCCGUCGAGAUCUCCCUUGAUCGAAUCUAUGUCCUCAGAACGGACACCCAAGAAACCUGCAAUCCUACGUCGUGUCUCUUCCAAACCACAUAGGGGCCAAGAGUUCUCGGUUGACGAUGAUGUGGACGAAGUAGAAGACAAGUCCCUGAGGCAGCCAGCUCUCUCUGGUCGGUCCACAGCUCGACAGCACCCCUCUCUUCGACGGAGAAGUGUCUUACCGUCAACACUGCUCACCCGAGUAGAUUCUGAGGACGAACAUCAAGAUGUCCCAACCGCUAGCGGAAGCCAGGCUGGCGAGGAUGAAGAGAAUGAAAAUGAUGAUCUUGGUGAAAUGGUAGAUGGUGGUGACGGUGUUGAUGAUGACGAUGCCAGCGACGCCGAAAGCUUUACCCUCAAAGACAGACAACAAGCCAUAAAUGAGACUCACCCGUUCGGUAUCAGAAUUUGGAAGCCAGCAUUGUACAAGAAGCUCCGGUCAGUUGAAAAAACUGCAGAAGGGGAUAUUCAUUCAGCACCGGGACAGCGUGUCAGCCCUUGGCUCUUUCUGGCCAACAUUUUAUGGACAGUGGUAUUUGGCUGGUGGCUAGCCCUGGCAGCCCUGAUCGGUGCCGUUGCUUGUUUUGUUAUUGGUUUCUCACCAGACUCCUCAGCAUAUGGUAGGGUGUUCUGGGGGCUCUCUGGCUACCUACUAUACCCCUUUGGCGCGAUGGUUCGUCUAAAGCCUGACGAGAAUUAUGCGGAAGAGGAUGAAGGCGAGGGGAGAAGCAUCAGCGAGUACGAGCAGUGGCAGAGCGGUGACAUUGAACGUGGGGGUUUGUUUUUUGGCCCUGUUUCAAAUACUCGCUCGCUAGUAGGGCGACGGAGGAAUAGCAUGGACUCUGCCAGCGAGCGAGACAGCUUGCUGGGUAGAACUGGCCGGCACCAUUCAGACGAUAGCGACAUAUCGAAGACCAAACGCCGCCUUUUUGGACGGGGCGAGUGGACCAUUGGCCGAGUCAUGUUUUACAUCUUCUUCUACCUCCUAGUUGGCCCUCUGCUACUCUCAGUCUCUCUCGUCUGCUGGAUUCUCGUUUUCUGGAUACCCAUGGGCCGUGUUACGGUCAUCUUGUUUCAUCAUCUUCGUCGACAUCCCCUUGCCCUCUCCUUUCACUCUGAUAGUACAUACACCAGGCUCCAGUCCGGUCCUUCAUCCUCGAUUCUCCUUUGUACCUACCGUGCAGCUGGUUUAAAAUAUUGGAAAUACACAGUUGAUGGCACCAACAUCUUCCUUAUAAACCUGCUGGCCGUUGUCAUCUUCGUCAUCUUUGACUUCCACGUCUUGCGCAAGAUCUUUCCCACUGAUAAUUUCAUCACUCAUCCCGGCCUGAUUUUUGUGCUGGCCCUAAUUGCUGUAACGCCGCUAGCUUAUUUCAUCGGACAAGCGGUUGCCUCCAUCUCUGCACAAUCUUCCAUGGGCCUGGGUGCCGCCAUCAACGCCUUUUUUUCAACCUUGGUAGAGGUAUAUCUAUACUGCAUCGCUCUUUCACAGGGUAAAGCCCAGCUCGUUGAAGGAAGCAUUAUCGGCAGUAUAUUCGCUGGUAUCCUAUUUUUACCCGGAGUAUCCAUGUGCUUCGGAGCCAUCAUCCGCAAGACCCAGAGGUUCAAUGUCAAGUCAGCCGGUGUGACGUCGACAAUGCUGCUAUUUGCAGUUAUUGCUGCCUUUGGCCCGACUCUCUUUUAUCAAAUCUAUGGCAGACACGAAUUGAACUGCCAUUCCUGCAAUCAUAUUAAACCAUCGGGGGGCAGAGACUGCCGCCGUUGUUACUUCUCCCAAGUCCCGGCUGUUGAUGAUGAUUUUUUCAUGAAGGCAGUACAGCCAUACUCCUAUUUUGCUGCCGUUCUUCUGUUCCUGUCUUACAUAAUUGGUCUUUGGUUCACCCUUCGGACGCACGCUGCCAUCAUCUGGUCCACAGAUGCCGAUGAGAAGAAACCGCAUUCAGAUGCCCAUAGGCCGGCUUCUCACUCUCAUUUUGACCAUGCGCACAGCAGUACUAGCCUCAAGGGUUCCAUACGGGACUCUCAGCUCUAUGCCCGAAUCCUUGGACAGUCUUUGAAACAAGUUGGUUUGGUUCCAAGAUCUGAGCAGUCGACUGCUGGCAUAAACCAGAGUGAGGGUACGACUGUGCAUGUUGUACCCCCCAAGGAUAAGCAUAAAUACCAAAGCCCAUAUAAUAUGAAGAUUCCCUCCUUGACUGCAGAAGAAAACGACCAACUGGUGCGCCAGGUCACCGAAGUUGCAGCAACUGCGGCCACAGUUGCUGCCCGGGAUGCAGCCGGCACACGACACGUAGCGGGUACGCCUGGAAGCAAGACUCCGGUUGGGACCACCGGGACCCCCAUAAUAGGCCACCCAGAGGAGGCGGGAGUGUUUACAGAACCUCACGCAGAGGCACACGGACAUGAUGCACCCAACUGGGGUAAAACCAAAAGUUUUGUUAUAUUACUAGGCGCGACAUUGCUGUACGCAGUGAUUGCCGAGAUUCUGGUGAAUACAGUUGAUGUGGUGCUGCAGAGCUACGACAUUGAUGAAAAGUUCCUUGGAAUUACCCUAUUUUCUUUGGUUCCCAACACUACCGAGUUUUUGAAUGCCAUUUCUUUCGCAAUGAACGGGAAUAUCGCUCUAUCCAUGGAAAUCGGUUCGGCGUAUGCACUUCAAGUGUGCCUAUUACAAAUUCCGGCCUUAGUACUUUUCAGUGCUGUGCAUACCUCGAUAUUUAAUCCUUCGGACCUUCUGGAGCAUUCGUUCAAUCUGAUAUUUCCACAGUGGGACAUGAUCACCGUCAUCCUCUGUGUUUUUCUACUGUCCUACGUCUACGGCGAAGGGAAGAGCAACUACUUCAAAGGCUCUAUCCUGCUCCUUACAUAUAUUUUUGUUGUCAUGGGGUUUUACCUAUCCAGUCUGAGCACGAUGGGCGCCCGGCAAGUCCAAUCUAUUCCACUCAGCGUGGCAAGGAAUGAUGACGGCUCGUUCCAGGUCAGAGGUUGA